AUGAUCACAAAGCCCGAUUCUCCCCCGCCAUUCUUGGUGCAAGCCAACAGAAAGCGACAAGUCCUCCCGGCAACAUGGAUGAGGGCCGGUACAUCGAAGGGUCUUUUUAUUCACCGUAAAUACCUCCCAAAUCAACAAGAAGCCUGGUCACCAUGGAUUCUAGCAGCCAUGGGCUCCAGAAACGGUGACCCUCGCCAACUCAAUGGUAUCGGUGGAGCAACCUCGACGACGUCCAAAGUCGCCAUUGUAUCACCUUCUAGAGCACCUGGGAUCGAUGUUGAAUAUACGUUUGCACAGGUCGCAGUUGGCAAGCAGAAAAUCGACUAUAGCGGAAACUGUGGCAAUAUUGCCAGUGGUGUUGGUCCCUACGCCGUUGAAGAAGGGAUGGUUCAAGCAAAGCCGGGCCAGACACAUGUUGACGUUCGAAUUUUAAAUACAAAUACUGGGCGUGUCCUGGUAGAAACAGUCGCUGUGGACGAGCAAGGGUUCUUGCUCGAGCAAGGCGAUUAUCAAAUGGCAGGUGUUUCAGACCCAGGGGCCGAGAUCAAGGUAGCCUUCGUCGACCCUGCUGGCUCGAUGACUGGAAAGCUGUUCCCAACUGGACGCACCGAAGACAGAAUCAUAGUCGAAGACCCGACGGCCUUAGAAGACUCAUUUAGCGUCCAAGCCACUCUGAUUGACGCUGCAAAUCCAUUCGUCGUCGUCGAUGCCCAAACUUUACCAUCGAAAUUCGUUCAAGGCUCCAAGGAGUGGCUGGAAACCAUUGAGGACAUCCGACGGGAAGGUGCGGUCAUGAUGGGAUUGGCAGACACCACCGAGCAAGCUGCUCUGACACGUGGAACGCCAAAGAUUAUGAUGGUGUCACCGCCAAACACAAUGAACGGCAAUGGAAAGGUUCAGUCCACACCCGAUAUUUCUGUUCUCUCCAUGAGCAUGGGCCAGAUCCACCCCAGCGUCCAACUCACCGGCGCGGUAUGUCUUGCCGGUGCCUCCUGCAUCGAGGGUACCGUCGCGUACAAACAUUGUAGCAGCGAGAAGCUCCUUAACAGCUUCGGAGUCGAGUCAACAAAGCAAGCCUCACAGUCUCCCAAGACGAUAGUGAUUGGACAUCGAAGUGGACAGAUCCCCGUAGGCGUACAUCUACAAGGCCAGGAUGCUCUUGAGCGAUGUGUUGUCUCGAGGACCGCGAGAAGGCUGUUUGAGGGAAACGUUCUGUUCUACGCUUAA